CCGUGGUGGAUCUCUUACAAGCUACGUCCAGUCCAGAGUUGCACGCGCGCCAUACACAGUUUUGGAUAGCCCUCUCAACGCACAUCGCACCAACAGCAAGGUGUAAACCCAGCGCUCACACUACACAUUCAGAACAUGACGACGACGAUGCUUACGAUAGCAGUAUCAGCCAUGACGAAGACAAUCGGCUUCUGUUGGAUCGUCCUGCUUCCUCUCCUGUCUACGGCACCCCAGACGCUGGUGUUGGCUCAUGAAGAGGAUAAUUCGACAGGCCUGGGCAGCAGGGAUGCCAUUGUCACUGCCCAGUUCGAGUGCUACCAGAAGAUCACAAAAGACACAAUACUAAACAGAAGAACCUCAGGGGACUCUACAUGUCGCAGUACAUGGGACGGCUGGCUGUGCUGGGCAGAUGAGGAGGCUGGGGAGAUGUCCGUGCAGCACUGCCCCAGCUACUUCAAGGACUUUGACGACCAAGAGGUGGCAACCAAGAUGUGCACGGAUAAGGGGGAGUGGUUUAAGCACCCGAAAAGCAAUAGAACAUGGACCAACUACACACGCUGCACCGUGCACCACACCACCAAGAAAACGUUAUUGAAUCAGUACUACUUGGUAGUCCUGGGCAACGGGCUGUCCCUCAUAUCCUUGUUUAUAUCACUGGGGAUAUUCUUCCACUUCAAGAGCUUGAGUUGCCAGAGGAUCACCCUCCAUAAGAACCUGUUUGUGUCCUUCAUGUUGAACUCCAUCAUCACCAUCGUGGUGUUGACCAUAGCCAGUAACGAGGACUUUGUACUCCAGAAUCAUGUGAGCUGUAAGCUGUCCCAGUUCCUGCACCUGUACCUGUUGGGCUGUAACUACUUCUGGAUGUUGUGUGAGGGCAUCUACCUGCACACCCUCAUAGUGGUGGCCGUCUUUGCAGAGAAGCAGCAGCUCACCUGGUACUACCUGCUGGGAUGGGGGUUUCCUCUCAUCCCAGCCUCCAUCCAUGCGAUAGCGAGGACAUACUACUACAAUGACAAUUGUUGGCUGAACUCAAACACAGCUCUGCUUUACAUUAUCCAUGGUCCAAUUGGUGCAGCUCUCUUGGUGAACCUGUUCUUUCUGCUCAACAUCAUCCGCGUCUUGAUCACCAAGCUGAAGGUGACGCACCAAGCCGAGUCCAGCCUAUACAUGAAGGCCGUGCGGGCCACCCUUAUACUGGUGCCACUACUGGGAAUCCAAUUCGUACUGGUGCCAUACAAACCAGUGGGCAGAGCAAUGUCAGAAAUUCACAACUACGUCAUGAACAUACUCAUGCACUUUCAGGGCCUGUUGGUGGCCACAAUAUUCUGUUUUUUCAACGGAGAGGUCCAGACUGUCCUGCGGCGGCAGUGGAACCAAUACCGCAUCACAUUCCGCAGCUCGCUGUCGUCGCACCCCGAGGCCCUACGCUCGGCGUCCUACACCGUCUCCUCGCUCACCUCCUCCAUGACCGAGGUGCACCGCUGCUACAGCAUCGACGGCCACACCGAGCACCUCAACGGCAAGGGCUACACGGACAUCGAGACAACGCCCACCAUAUACAGGAACGACAACCUGUACGCUUAAAAAGGGAACCCUGCCCCCUACCCCCACCCUUUCUCUGAAGGGACCCCCACCCUCCCCUCUGAAGGGACCCCCACCCAUCUACAUCAAGAACCUGCGUGCUUACUCCUCCACCCCCCACCCUUCUACGUCAAGUGCUACACUGACAUUGAGACACACAAUGAAACAAGACCCCCACGAAAUACUGCAAAGAACAAUUGUAUUCUUUAAAGGGAACUGACAUGUACUGCAACAAGAAUCUGUAUGCUUACACCCCCCAGCACCACCACCACCACCAAAGUACAACAAAGUGAGUUCAAGUCUGAUCUCCUAAAUGGGCAGAACUUCCAUUGACCUCCAGUCAUUCUCCUAGCCUCCUAAAUGGCCUUGUGCGUGUGGGCUUGUGAUGCGAGACAAGUACAAUUUAAAGGACAUUUGCAAUUGGAAGGUUAAAUGUUAAAAGCCUCCCAAAAGUUACUCUGCUGACACUGGGGAAGCUAUUGUUUUCACCACGGAGGCGGGGCAUCACCAAAGCAUGAGGCCACAAGUGAAAGGAAAAGGACAGGAGGCCCUAGUUUGAAAUGGAACCCAUGGCCUCUGUUUCUAUUCCAAUAUGGCUUCUGCUUUCACCCCACCCUAAUAUGGUUCCUAUCUGCCAUCCAGCCCCCACACCUUAUUCCUCUUCAGAUGGAUCUGAAACACCUGCGUUGAAUCAAUUAGUGAUGUAAUGCAUCAUCUCAUGGCCAGUUGCAAUAUAUUGUGAAGACUUAAGUCCCCGUGCUGGACUGCAGUGUGCUAAAAUAUGCUAUGGGUUUCAAAAGCAAAAUACUGCACGUGACAUAAGUGAGGAAAGCCUGAUAUGAGAACUGGACUCCAACACAAACCAUGGGCAUCAUAUGACACACUAUUGCCUCUUUUCCACUGGGGGAUUUCUGGUAGGCCUACAGCUCGACAAAGCGCGACUCGGCCGCCACUUUUUGCUUUUCCGGAAUGAGUGCGGGUGGACGCUGGCGCGUUUUAGCAGCCGCUGCUCAUACUCUUCCACUGAAUUAGGCUCCACUACCCACUCAAACUCACUAAACCUUUCGGACUAUUUUACACCUUUUUGGACAAACGAACUGGUCACCGACGCUUGGCUGUGGUGGGCAAAUCGUGACGGCCUACCUGCUACACGGCGUUGGCCCGCUGCUGUGGCUGAGAGCUAGGCCUACUCAAUAACACCUGUUCCAUCGCUGUGUCCGACGCCACUUCCAUUGCUGCUUCAGGGAGUUUGGACUGCCGUUGAGCCAGCGUGGCUGCUGUCUUCACCAACUUGUGCCGUCCCCUGGUUGCUGGCUGCACCAACUAGAGCUACACCGUGCUGUCUCGCGGCGUCCAGCCUCGCGUUUGGAUUCUGUGUACUGACAGCGUGCUCGGAUGCCUCCCUCCCUAACCAGCGUCUCGGCGGCCCUGUCCACGGCAUUUCACCGUUUAUUUAAAAGAACUUCAUCUGCUUGUUCGCCUGCCUCUCUUAUCCGAGCUCGACCCCACGACGGGAGGUUCUAGAUUUUCGUAUCCCCACGGCCCUCCAUCGCUGCUCCGGUCGUGGGUUUGCUUAUCUUCACCAAACGUGACUGUUUCCAUUUCAUCAUGGACUUAACUUUCCACAGCUGUCUAUUUUGUUGUGUCCCUGUUUUGUAUUUAUAUUGAGUCUCUGUAUGUCUUUGAGUGUUUGAGCGCUAUAUAAAUAAAAUGUAUUAUUAUUAUUAUUAUUAUUUUCGAAUAGGAAUGACACAGCUCAAUUAAAGGGCAAAAAGUGGAGGCCGAGUCACGCUGUGUCGAGCUGUAGGAAUACCAGAAAGCCAGCGGUGGAAAAGAGGCAUAUGUGGUCAACAGAAAGAAUGUAGUCUACUGAGAAGAACCAAAGGAAAAGAAUAAACCACAGAACUCUUUCCUGACCACUUAAAGCCACUUAACUUAACACUGUCCCUCUUUAUGGCAAAGAAGUAUAUUAUUUUCUAGUGUGUGUCUUUUAGCCAAAAAAAAGUCUCCAGUGCAGGGUGACUUUGUCAUUGUCAGGCAGAAACCUCAUAACUUUUUUCAGUUAUCUACUGUUAUUUUCUAAAGAAAUAAACAUCGCAUCACUAACAAUUGGUUUUGAAAUAAUUCUAAAAGUCAUAUGCUCACUGAAAUGCCGAAUAGUACUGAUUCAUAUUUUUGAAAGUAAAGAAAUGAAUAAUGAAUUAGUCAUUGAAGUUAGGCGGUUUCUGCCGGACAGAUGAGCAGUGUAGGCUUGGGUGCCUUGCUCAAGGGCACUUAACCCUCCUGUUAUCCUCAGAUUUAGGUUACAUCUGUGAUCCUUGGGGUCAUUUCGACCAGCCACUUAAAUGUCUACAAAAUCAGUAGAAGCAAAAACUUUUGUACCAGUUUAUGUCUCAGAUAUUUACUGUUGCUCUGUUGGGGACAUAAGAAGCCGUUUAGAUAAGUCCUAGCACCCCCACACACAGCCCACACACCAAACAAACUAAUACAUGACUAGGCGAAAAUGUCCCCAAAAGUCGCCUUGAAUUAGUUUUGGCCCUCGUCCUACUUUGGCCAUCAUACAUAUUGUUAGUCAUCAGAGCCCUAAAUACAGCAAAAUGUUCUGUUCUAAAUAACUUCUGUUCAUGUAUUUUACCUAAUCUAGACGAUUGGAACAUGUAUUAGCAAAAUAUGAAUGUUCCAUUUAU